AUGACUGAGGUAAAGACAGCUGAGCUCAUCUUCAUCUGUCUGUCACUGCUUCAAGGUUUUGCUGCAGCAUUAAACUGCAGCAGCCCAUCACCUGAAUCCUUGUUUCGCGCACUUGAAACAGAAUUAUUUCCCAAAAAACUGCUGCGACCUGUAAAACGCUUCACAGAUACACUGAAUGUAUCGGUUGACCUCACUCUGGUGGGACUGUUAGGAGUGGAUGAAAAAGUCCAGACCUUGACAAUAUUCAUAUGGCAAACCCUGGAGUGGCGAAUAGAGGGACUAAGUUGGGAUGAGCAGGAAUGUGGAACUAAAAGGGUCUCUAUACCUCGGGAACACCUUUGGAUCCCUGACAUUCUCAUCACUGAGUUCAUGGAUGAAGAUGUAUCUCCCAGAACUCCUUAUGUCUACUUAUACAACACAGGUCUUGUACAUGAUGAUAAACCAUUGAGAGUGGUCAACACCUGCAAAUUAGUCAUCUACACUUUCCCCUUCGAUAUGCAAAACUGCUCCUUUACUUUUCAACCCUUUCUACACUUUGCUCAAGACAUAACAUUGAUUCAAAGCCGCACAGCUGAAGAAAUCCUGAAGGAGUCCUUAAACGUGUUGAAGACAAAAGGGGAAUGGGAGCUUAUAGAUAUAAAAGCAGCUCCAAGUACUCUGCAGAUAACAGAGGGAAGCUUCUCUGAGAUCAAAUUCUAUUUCAUUUUAAGACGCAGACCGAUCAUCUACGUGGUGAACCUGCUGAUCCCAAGCUGCUUCCUCGUCACAGUGGACCUCUUCAGCUUUUUUCUGCCCCCCCAUAGUGUGGACCGGGGCUCCUUCAAGAUGACGCUCAUCCUGGGAUACACAGUGUUCCUCCUCAUCAUGAAUGAUCUGCUGCCUGUCACCGGGGAAACAACACCUCUCAUCAACGUUUUAUUCGCCCUCAGCCUCGCUCUGAUGGUGGCCAGCCUGUUGGAGACGGUGUUUGUAACUAACCUGCAGUUCAGCUCCAGCCAGUACCGUGCGGUGCCUAAGUGGCUCAACAUCCUCGUGUUGCAAUAUCUAGCUAAGGUCGUUGGUCUCCCUCCAAAAAAGAAAAGCAACCGGGUCACUGUCUCUCUACAGCCACCCAAUAUUGAAGUCCAUUCAAGCACCAUCUCUGCCAAAGAUCUUCAGAGUGUCUGCGCUGAUAAACCUCCUUCGGAUCCCGCUCUGGAUGAACUGAGGAAGCUGAGCAGAGAUCUCGCAGCCAUCCGACUUCAGAUCGACAAACAAAUCGAGGGAAGCAGCUCUUCCCAGGACUGGCUAAUGAUAGGGAUCGUUAUUGAUCGACUGCUGUUUGGUAUAUACAUUAUCUUCAUCUCGGCCAGCUUUGCUUCCAUUAUAUCCAUCUGGAUCUGGAAUAACUCCACAUUAUGA